AUGUCUCAUCCGACGAAGCGGGUAAGGGUGGAUACUGCUGCUGUGGCCACAGCUCAGUACUAUAAUACCACAGGGACCGUACCUUCAAGUUUCCAGCUUUCUGCUGAUCUCUCUUAUUUGAUUACUACACAACCGAAUUGCACUGUUGCAGCAUUUGAAUUGCCUCAAGAAUGUACGGAGAAUGAGAUCUACGAUGCUUUUAUACGUUGCGGACAGGUAAAAAGUAUACAGAAGGUGUGUGGUGGUAGGGCGGCUUUGAUAGAGUUCCCGGAAAUCUCGACACCCACGCGUUUGGUUCAUUGGGCCAAGAUAAAUCCCUUUUUUAUCGGUGUUUGUCGUGUACGUCUGGAGUUUUCGUCACAAACAAUAACUGCGCCAGCUAACAUAAUGAAGCCUCAACUUAACGAAAAUAGCAUGGCUAAAGAUACGACACCUAACAGUGUUCUCCAUCUGGAUAUUAGGAAUGCUGAAUAUCCGAUUACGGUGAAUGUACUAAAAGCGAUAUGCUCUCGUCAUGGCACGCUACAGAGAAUUUACAUAGGCAAAGUUAAUGUGGAUAAGUCUUUGGAAGCGCUUGUUGAAUUUGCGACCGUUGAAGAAGCUACUAAAGCUCGGGAACAUCUGGAUGGUGCCGAUAUAUACUCUGGUUGUUGCAGUCUCUCUGUCAGUUUUUCUAAGAUGAAGAAGAUUCAUGUUACAAAGAAUGACAAUGAACAGUGGGAUUUCACCGAGUCGAAGGAGGGCCUCCUUCCUAAUGCAGCCGCUGGUCAGCGAACCCUCUUGCCCAACGCUACCAAUGGUCAUACUGAACAGCAGUCAACUCCCACAGCUGCUGUUCAACAGGCUCCUCCGCCUCCCCCUUCUAGUGUUCCGCCCGUGCCGCCUGUUCCACCUAUGGCCUAUCAGCAACCCUACUACGGUUAUUCUAUGCCACCUGGCCAGUAUAUGCAACCGCCGGGAUACUACCCUCCAAUGAUGCCUGGCCAACCCAUGUCCACUUACUCUAAUCCUGCAAUGCCAUACGGUAUGCAGCCGCCGAUGCCAUCUCCAUACUAUCAACAACCUGGCUAUCAGUACUAUCCACAACAGCAACCUCCGGCUCAACAACAAAUGCCACCGCAGAUGCCCACAGCAACAGUGAGAACAGCGCCCCAGAUAAUGCCAACGCCACCCCCUGUUCAUCACGUAACGCCAGCAGGGAUUGGAGUAGGUCACUCGACCUCCAACCUGAAUUCGACGUCCGUGGCGGCAGCAAGGAAUACCGACAUGUCCAUUUUCCAUGCAGAGAGAGGGGCGGUGUUAGUAGUGAGCAACUUGCCGGAGGGCAUAAAUUGUGAUCACCUCUUCAAUGUGAUCUGUCUUUAUGGCAAUAUUGCGAGAAUUAAGUUCCUUAAGAGCCGACCAGGUUGCGCUAUCGUACAGAUGGGUUCCAAGGAAGCCGCUGAGCUUGUAUCUCAGCAUCUGGAGGGGGCUUCCAUCUUUGGGCAGGUCAUCCAGUUUCAUCCAAGUGAGCAGAUUGAGGUUCAGGAACAUGCUGGUCUGGGAACCCUGCCCGAUGGCUCACCAGUAAUGAAGAAUUACAUGACUGACUCGAACAACAGAUUUAGGAACGCUGUGGUUGCUGCAAAGAGUCGUAUCUUGGCUCCAACGCGAACUUUGCAUUUCUUUAAUGCUCCUCUUAAUUUCUCUCCGGAGGAUAUGUGUCACGUCUUUUCUGAUUGUGGUGUGAAAAGGCCCCCACGUAUCGUCGUUUUCACUGCCAAACCGGGUCAAAAGACAUCGCUGGGUCUUGCGGAAUGGGAUACUAUUGGGGAGUCGUUGGAUGCCUUGGCCUUGGCCAACCACCGUCCGAUACACAUUGUGGGCUUUGCACAUCCAUUUCACCUGAAAUUGGCGUUUAGCCCCAAGCCGAUUUCUGAUGACCGCGCGGGUCAGAGUAUGAUUAAUUACCCGGCACCGCCAAUGCAAAUCAGCCGCGGCCCACAGCUCAAUACACCGCGUGUCGUUACUGUACCCGCUCCUACUGCUACCGCUGGUAAGGCCUCGGAACCUGGGUCUUCAUCACCACCGCCGUUUGACGUCAGGGCUGUUGAAGCCGAGGAGGCUGCCUAUUUGGAGAGUAACGGUGCUGUUAUCGCUGGCUGCAAGAGGGAACACUCACCCACUCCGCCACCGUCAACAUCAAAAGCUUCACCGUUGCCAUCGACACAUUCACCAAGUCUUGUUCAUCAACCGCCCAAGACACCUGAGGAGGAAAGGGAGGAAGAGAGCAAGGAUGCACAUACCGAGGCCCAUGAGGCAGGGGCAGUAACCUUUAACGAGGCGGAUGAGCUCCAUCAGGAGCAAGAAGGCAUUGCAUCUUCCUCGGAAUUGAGUGAUGAAAAUGUUGACAAUGGGAGAUUUCGCGAAAACCUGAAGGCAGUGGAUGAAGGAGCAGGAGAUGAAGAGGAUGAUAUCCCAUAUGUUCGUAAAACUGUUCAUCAGCCACCGGCUACUCCCCCCUCGGAGUCACCCAUGUACAUCACUCUGGAAAAGCGGUUUGUCGAUAACGUUACAACAUAUUCCUCGGGUCCCGGUGCGUCCCAAUCGGAGACUAUCUCUGAUUAA